CUGAAUCCGCGACCACAGCUCGUACAACUAAAUGCCCUGAGGUCCUACCACUUAGCUCGAUGCACUACCAUUGAACAUGUGCUUCCCUCAAAACGAACAGAUCAUGACAUCUUUGGUGAUCCUAUGUUUUGCGUCCGUUGUACGUUUGAUAGGAGCAACACCCUGCAAAGAUGGCCAGCACUGUGCAGUUUGUGAUGAAACAGGUGACUGCUCAUCAACGUGUCACCCUGGGUAUUUCAACAAGCGAUGUACAUCUACGUGCAACAGUGGCUGCAGAUAUAAAGCGUGUGAACUGCUCAAAGGCAGUGGCAUCGCGGCGUGCAUCCACGGCUGUAAUCCAGGACUCCAGGGUACAAGCUGCAGCAUACCAUGUGAACAUCAGAGACAGUGUACAAAAUGUAAAGGAGGAUGUUACGGUGACUACUGCCAGAUUGGGUCAGUCUGUGUUUCUGGAUGCGUUGACUCCUACUAUGGCCUUGACUGCAAGAACUGCUCUGAACAAUGUAAAUCGUGUAAUAGAAGCACGGGAAUGUGUAACCAGUGUCAUUCGCCAUACACUGGCCCCAUCUGUGAGAUGCGAUGUGAGAAUUGUAAAGGAACGUGCAAGGCUGGAUGCGAAGGAGGCUGUAAUCCUGGGUUUCAUGGUCAUUGGUGUGAAAAGGUGUGUAGUGAAAACUGCCGCGCCGGCCUUGACGCAACUUUUGUGCUAGAAUGUGACCGAAAUGUCUCCAACACGUGCAUCCUGGACUGCGACAAGAAGACAGGACAUUGCAUCCACGGUUGUAAUCCUGGAUUUUAUGGCCAUUGGUGUGAAAAGGUGUGCAGUGAAAACUGCCUCCCUGACCCCGACGGAACUUCAUCAUCAGCCUGUGACAGAAAUGUCUCCACCAAUUGCACCCCAGAAUGUGACAAAACGACAGGAUACUGUAUUCAUGGCUGUAAUACCGGAUGGCAUGGUACUAACUGCUCAUCUCGAUGUAACUCAAAGUGUGCAAAUCUGUCCUGCAAUGAUUCAGGGGCAUGUGUAGAUGGUUGUGCACCAGGGUAUGCUGGGACUGACUGUACAUGCUAUGAGAACUGCUUUGAUCUUGUUUGUUACUCUGAGAAUGGAACCUGUGCAAAAGGGUGCGACAAAGGUUACUAUGGUGCAUUUUGUAAUCACUCCUGUGAGAUAUGCAUUGAUGGGAUUUGUGACAAGGAGUUUGGAACAUGCAUCAAAGGAUGCAACAUUACUGAUCAUGGGUGCAAAUCUACCUGUUCAAGUGACUGUCCGAUAGACAUCUGCCGAAAUCAAAGUACAUGUGGGCAGAACGCCGAGAGCCUACUACUGAUCAUCAUCGGAACAUCAGCAGCGUGUUUGGUUUGCCUUGUUGGUAUCAUAGUAGCAAUAUACAUUGGAUACUAUGAACGCACUAAAAGGGAAGAAACUGAUGAUGAAGAAGUGGAAUCUCCAGUAGAACAACAGGAAGCACGUGACUACGAGUUUAUAGAUGUUGAUGCUGAUAAAAAAAACGAAACUGGCCCUGCAUCUGCUUCAGAAGAUAAGAACAAUGUGCUUAAUACGUCAGAACAAGAAGAUGAUUUCAUAGCAACACCCUGCAAAGAUGGCCAGCACUGUGCAGUUUGUGAUGAAACAGGUGACUGCUCAUCAACGUGUCACCCUGGGUAUUUCAACAAGCGAUGUACAUCUACGUGCAACAGUGGCUGCAGAUAUAAAGCGUGUGAACUGCUCAAAGGCAGUGGCAUCGCGGCGUGCAUCCACGGCUGUAAUCCAGGACUCCAGGGUACAAGCUGCAGCAUACCAUGUGAACAUCAGAGACAGUGUACAGAAUGCCAAGGAGGGUGUCACGGCAACUACUGCCAGAUUGGGUCAGUCUGUGUUUCUGGAUGCGUGGACUCCUACUAUGGCCUUGACUGCAAGAACUGUUCUCAACAAUGUAAAUCGUGUAAUAGAAGCACGGGAAUGUGUAACCAGUGUCAUUCUCCAUACACUGGCCCCAACUGUGAGAUGCCAUGUGAGAAUUGUAAAGGAACAUGCAAGGCUGGAUGCGAAGGAGGCUGUAAUCCUGGAUUUUAUGGUCAUUGGUGUGAAAAGGUGUGUAGUGAAAACUGCCGCGCCGGCCUUGACGCAACUUUUGUGCUAGAAUGUGACCGAAAUGUCUCCAACACGUGCAUCCUGGACUGCGACAAGAAGACAGGACAUUGCAUCCACGGUUGUAAUCCUGGAUUUUAUGGCCAUUGGUGUGAAAAGGUGUGCAGUGAAAACUGCCUCCCUGACCCCGACGGAACUUCAUCAUCAGCCUGUGACAGAAAUGUCUCCACCAAUUGCACCCCCGAAUGUGACAAAACGACAGGAUACUGUAUUCAUGGCUGUAAUACCGGAUGGCAUGGUACUAACUGCUCAUCGCGAUGUAACUCAAAGUGUGCAAAUCUGGCCUGCAAUGAUUCAGGAGCGUGUGUAGAUGGUUGUGCACCAGGGUAUGCUGGGACUGACUGCUCCUGCUAUGAGAGCUGCAUCGAUCAUGAAUGUCACUCAGAGAAUGGAACCUGUGUGAAAGGGUGCGGCAAUGGUUAUUAUGAGAGGAAACUGGAGAAUGAGACCGAAAAUCUGUGCCAGCGUCUGGAAUAG